GUAAAGCCUCUCGAAUGCAGUUCUAGUCUACACAUUUAAACUAUUUGCUUUAUUGAUACGCAACAUGUCAGGUAGAGGCAAAGGCGGUAAAGGUCUUGGAAAGGGAGGCGCUAAGCGUCAUCGCAAAGUUCUGCGCGAUAACAUCCAGGGAAUCACCAAACCCGCCAUCCGUCGUCUCGCUCGCCGUGGUGGAGUCAAGCGUAUCUCUGGUUUGAUCUACGAGGAAACUCGCGGUGUGCUUAAAGUGUUUCUGGAGAAUGUGAUUCGUGACGCCGUUACAUACACCGAGCACGCCAAGAGGAAGACCGUGACCGCCAUGGAUGUUGUGUACGCGCUGAAACGUCAGGGACGCACUCUGUACGGAUUCGGUGGUUAAACAUCCAGGACCAAUCCUAAAACCCAAAGGCUCUUUUAAGAGCCACCCACACUGUCAUAAGAGAGUGAUUAAGAUUUGCCUAUUAUUCUUUGUGUAUAUUUU